UCUUGUUGCACGACGUUAUAGACCUAAUUUCGGAGAUCUUCAUUAGUAACUUUCAAAACACUCUUACGCAAUUAUAGGAAAAGAUUAGUGUCUGUACAAAAAAGUUGGAUUCCACACAUUUGGAACUUAUUACAGUACAAUUCUUUCGACGCAUAAAUAGAUUCCUAUAUAUUACUACAAUUUAGAUUAGAGUGCAAUAUGACAGACAUGAAAAACGUUUUACCUUUCUACUAUUCUUUAAGCGGUAAUACGGAGGAGGACAAGAAACUUUUAGAACCUGCUGAAUACAGUUUUCAAUUGAGUGACAAACAUCCAUAUAAAAAACUAACACCGAUUUUCAACUACUGGCUUAAAUUAUCACCCGACAAAUUGCAACAAAUUGAUGAAAUAAUUCAAAUAGUCUUCAAUGUAUGCAUCUUAAUGGAUGAUAUUCAAGACGAUGCCAUUUUGCGAGAAGGUUUUCCCGUAACCCAUUCUAUUUAUGGACUUUGCUACUCAAUGAACACUGCAAAUUAUUUAGAACUUAUUGCUUGUGAAAAAAUUAUUAAUUUACAUCCUAUGGCAAUUAAAAUUCUACUCGAAGAAUUAUUGGAAUUCAGCAGAGUUCAAGGAAUGGAGAUGUAUUGGAAGGAUAAUUGCAUUUGUCCAACAGAAAAAGAUUACAAUAUUGUAGCAACAAGAAAGAGUGGUUGGAUAAUCAAAUUGGCGGUAAAAUUAAUGAAACUAUUUUCUCCUUACGAAGAAGAUGUCUUGCCGCUAGCAUGUUCUCUAGGAUUAUAUCGCCAGAUACAUGAUGAUUAUUGCAAUUUGCGUCACGAUAAGGAUACAAAUGAUGACAGUUAUUGCGAUGAUCUGACGGAAGGAAAACUUAGUUUCUUAGUUAUUCAUGCGCUUACCAACCAUCCUGAUGAUAAGAAAAUAAUGAAUAUUUUAAAACUGCGAACAAGAAAUAUGGAGAUGAAACGUUAUUGUGUUAAAAUAUUAGAGAGUUACGGUUCAUUUAAGUACACGGAAAAAGUACUUGAUGAAUUGGAUAAAAAAAUGAGAACUGAAAUUGAUCGUUUAGGGGGUAAUCCACUUUUUGUAAAGUUUCUGGACGAUUUUAAAAACAAAAUGUUAAGAACAUCUAUCUGAGAGUUCUGUAACCCAAAUGAUAAAAAAUUCAGAUUUAUGUAUUUUUUUAUUAACAAAACAUCAGUCGUAGCAUUUCGUAAUUUAU